GUGGUGACGUCACGGGUAGCUGCGGGGGGACGGCAGCUAGCCGGUGGGCAGGGCAGUGGUCCCGCUGUCGGCUCCUGUGACGCCGCCAGUCGAGCUAACGCCGUCAUUUUAAACGUCACACACGGACACGCAGACUCCGCGGGAUGAGCUAGAAGCUGCCCCCCGUGUGCGGCAGGUACGUGGGUCCCGAUUUUAUCGCUGACUUGUGGCAGAAGUCGCCGGAGUGUCCGGCUGCGCUUUGUCGCUGCACGGCUAGCUUAGCUUAGCUUGCAGGUCUAGCGGGCGGCGGUCUGUCGUGCCUGGCGCCGCCGAGGCGCCGGUGGACGGGUCGAUAAAAGCGCCUGUCGGUGGCCUGUGAGUCACAGACAGCACGCAGAGCUCCGGGGCGGCAGGUGCUCAGGAGGAGCCGCUGAGAAAGUGCACUGAAACAUGGGUCGUUGCAGUGUCCAUGUCCUGCUGCUGCUGUUGCUGAAGGCCCUGCACACAUCAGCUGAGGGCUCAGAUGGACAGUUGGUAUGUUUGUGUGAUAGCCCAACAUGCCCUCAGGUCAACCGCUGCCAGGGAACCCGGUGCUUCUCCUCUGUCAAAGUGGGCGGCAGCAGGGUGGAGUUUGAGCAUGGCUGCCUGAAUGGGCCGGAAAAAAUCCUCUUACAUUGCUCCACAGCGCCGUCCUUCCACCAGGCCCUUAUCUGCUGCUCUGAGACCAUGUGCAACGGCAACAACACCAGGAACGCUCUCAUGUCUCUGCUCCCACCAGAUGAGCCAGAGGGUGAGCCAGUUCGGUAUCGCGUUGAGACCUUGGCUCUGUUUGUACUCGGCCCAGUGGUGGUUCUGGCUUUGCUCUCUGUGGUAUCGGUAUUGGCCUGCAGGAGGCUCCACCACGGCCGUCUGCAGAGGCUGCAGGAAUUUGACACCGAGCAGGGAGCCAUAGACGGCCUCAUCUCCUCCAAUGUGGGAGACAGCACUUUAGCGGACCUGUUGGAUCAAUCAUGUACGUCAGGUUCCGGUUCCGGUCUUCCCUUCCUUGUCCAGAGAACUGUGACGAGGCAGAUCAGUCUGAUGGAGUGUGUAGGCAAGGGCAGAUAUGGAGAAGUGUGGCGGGGUCAGUGGCAGGGCGAGAACGUGGCUGUUAAAAUCUUCUCUUCAAGAGAUGAAAAGUCCUGGUUCAGAGAGACAGAGAUCUACAACACAGUGCUGCUAAGACAUGAAAACAUACUGGGCUUCAUGGCGUCUGACAUGACUUCUCGAAACUCCAGCACACAGCUGUGGCUCAUCACCCAUUACCAUGAGAACGGCUCGCUUUAUGACUACUUGCAGCGGGUUGCCGUGGAAACGUCAGAGGGCCUGGCGAUGGCGGCGUCAAUAGCGUGCGGCCUCGUGCAUCUGCACACCGAGAUCUUCGGCACAGAGGGGAAACCGGCGAUUGCGCAUCGGGACCUGAAGAGCAAAAACAUCCUGGUCACAAAGGAGCUGCGCUGCUGCAUCGCAGACCUGGGACUGGCUGUGACUCACUUCCAGGCAGACAACCUGCUGGAUGUGGGCAACAAUCCAAAGGUUGGCACCAAGCGCUACAUGGCACCUGAAGUGUUGGAUGAGACCAUUCAGACCGACUGUUUUGAUGCUUACAAGAGAGUGGACAUCUGGGCCUUUGGACUGGUGCUGUGGGAAAUCGCACGACGCACAUACAGCAACGGUAUCGUUGAGGAGUACAAGCCUCCGUUUUAUGAUCAGGUGCCAAACGAUCCCAGCUUUGAGGAUAUGAGGAAGGUGGUGUGCGUGGAGCAGCAGAGGCCUUUCAUUCCCAAUCGAUGGUUCUCUGAUCCUACUCUCUCUGCGCUGGUCAAACUGAUGAAGGAGUGUUGGUACCAGAACCCCUCGGCCAGGCUAACGGCGCUGCGCAUCAAGAAGACCCUGGACAAGAUCCACAGCUCUCUGGAGAAGGGCAAGGAGUCGUGAGAGGGAGGGGAUCUUCAGAGGCAGCUGCCUGGUGUCGGGGGGGUCGGCUUAGAGACGAACCACGUGUUUGUUCAACGUGAUAAAGAGGAAGGACAGAGGAGUUCAAGUGUCAUCUAACAUCAUCCCUCUCAUGCUCUCUCACAUUCUCUUGCUUUCUCUGUGGUUGCCCCCCCCCCCCCCAGAUCCCUCUCUCUGACUCAGAUGUUCAGAAUUGUCCUGUCAGGGAAAAAAAAACUGCCUUCGCCAAGGGACACAAACCUGUUGCCAAUGUGUUUGCACUGACUUGAACUGAGUGUGAACAACACAGAUGGCAUAUUGUAGUGAUGCUUUAACGCCCACCUCUCUGUCUCUCACACACAAAACACGACAUUCGAAGUCGCUUACAGUUCAGUUUCUGAUCCCCAGCCACUGGUUUUGGCGCGUGGUCCGAGCAUUUCGCUCAGAGACAAUCGGAAAUAAUUUCUCUCAUUUAGCUUUAUCACACCAUGCCAACAAACGCCACAAACACACACCAAGCACACACUAACAAAAGGAAAAGAGCCAAUAGAAACAACUGUUUUGAAACUUUUUAAACGUAGUAUGAUAUUUAUGUACUAGAGCUCCACUACUACCACACUACUGAGGAUAUGUAAGACUGAUGGUGCGUGAAAUGGACUGACUUUAUAUACAAGUAUUGAUGCCAAUGAAUGUUCUAUACCCAUGUUGUCAUUAAUGAAGCUAGAAAGAAACAAUUUGUUGAGGAAAAGGAAUCGAGCUGAGGAGAAGCACCACAAAUGUUACUUGUUUAUUCUGGUGCUUCCUGCAACAAACACAGUAAGCUCCUGACAAUAGGAAUGAUUCUGUAUCUUAUAAGAAUAUGAACUGACGUGUUCCUCUCUGCCUGACGCGUCAUAAACUCACUGUAAAAGUCUUCUCUGUCAGCAGAGAGGAAUCAAGGAAGACCUGUUUGUGCUGAUUUUUUUUUUUUUUUAAAUAAGACACUGGAGGUGAAGACUUUAUGUUGCGAGCUGGGCCUCUAUUCACUCCUCUCGUCUCCCAUAAUGCAUAACACUGUACAGGUCCCCUGAAUAAUGGAAAAUUAACGCUCCAUCUUCAUUUGGAAACAGUUUUUAUUUAAAAAAUACAGUUACUGAGGAGUGUGGUUACAAACAAACUUGUUUUGAAAAAAACAAAUUUUGCUUUGUCUUUUUUAUAUGUAAUAAAACAUUUACUGCA